CUCAGUCUAUUCGAAAUCCAAUUUUGAUGUCAUUGGGCUCCCUUCUCACUUGUAAGGCCCGAAUGAACAAAUAUGCGCACCCAACUGCCGCAUCUUCACGCGCGCGGCCAACGUAAAAAAAAAAGACGGUUCCAAGCUUUCAACAUCGCCGCCGGCAGCCGGGCGAUCGCUCGGUUGCUCCACGGAAGCUCGGAAACAGAGAAAGCUAGCGUCCAGCGUUUGGACGCCACGGAAAUGCCAAAGCAACACGCUCUUAUACGCGCAUUCCUCUCUCCCUCUCUGCCUCUGGCUAUACGCGCGUACGUUGCUUGUCCAACCGGCCAGCAGAACCGCAGUCCGCAGACGACAGCGCUCUUCCCCGAUUGCACAGAUUCGCAUACAUCCCGUCGGUUGGCAUGGACGCCGCGGCGCCUCACGUGAUGGUGCUGCCGUCCCCGGCGCAAGGCCACGUGACGCCGCUCAUGGAACUCUCGCACGGCCUCGUCGACCACGGCUUCCAGGUCACCUUCGUGUGCACAGGGCUCACCCACGCGCUCCUUCUCAAAGCCCUGCGCCAAACCCCGAACGGCGGGGACACGUUGGAAGGGAUCCGCCUUGUCCCCAUUCCGGACGGCAUGGCCGACGGCGACGACCGCAGGGACCUCUGCAAGUUCGUGGACGCGGUCUCGCGGUGCGUGCCGGGCUACGUGGAGGGCCUCAUCAAGGCGUCCGGGGCGGCGCCGGCGCCCAGGGUGAAGUGGCUCAUUGGCGAUGUGACCAUGGGGUUCUGCUUUCAGGUUGCCAAGGACCUCGGCGUUCGGGUGGCCGCCGUCUGGCCGGCAUCCGCGGCCAGCCUUGGGACGGCGUUCAGGAUUCCCCAGAUGAUACAGGACGGCUUCAUCGACGACAUGGGCUUCCCAAAGCGAGAGAUGGAGUCGUGAUCAAGGAAGAGGUAAAGAGCAAACUGGAACAGCUCAUCGGCGACGAGGGAAUUGCUGUAAGGGCACAGGUGCUCAGGGAUGCAGCUUGCAAGAGCAUCAGCGAGGGCGGCUCGUCAUACGAGAAUUUCAAGAAAUUUGUGAAUCUCCUGACGGAGUGAGCUCUGUAUCGUUUGUUUUGUUUUGUUAUGCCAGUGUGGAUAGUUUCUGUA